UAUCCAUAAGUGAAAGAAAUCUCAAUCUAAAUUAUAUUGUUGCUAUAUUUGGCAAAAACAAAAAAUGGCUUUUGAAUGGCAGGUUAAGCUUCUAAUGAGAGUAUAUCAUCGAAAUCUGAUUUCUAUUAUUGGCUAUUGCAAUGAAGAAACUAAUAUAGGAUUCAUCUAUGAAUAUAUGGCAAAUGGAAACUUAGAUGAUCAUCUUUCAGGAAUUAGUUCCCAGCAUCAAUAAGUAUCAAUCUUUUACUUGGAGUCUUUAUUUGGGAUGAAUUACUACACUACAAUACGGCAAUGCAAGUGUGGAAGAAGAGAAUAAUGUCGUUCAAGUUGCCUUCCGAUCCGAACACAUGUCUUGGAUGGAAGACAUGUACUCUUCUUCUCUAUUAUUUCUUCCUCUCUUUUCAAAUUUUAAUUAUGUUUAUAUGUAAUGUAUAAAGCCAGACUCAAUCUAAGAAAAGAAACCUUGCAGCAACAAUAUCAAUCGGUGGAGGAACGGACUUCUAAUUAUAACAACUAUGCGAUUGGUUCUCGUGUGAUAGAGUAUGGUGAUACCAAAAUCAAAGCUGUCAAGCUCUCUCUCUUUGAAGGCUUCGAUCCUGCAUCCACCAACUUCUCUCCAAACAACAACAUCCUACCACCACAGACUUCUAUUGAAGUUGUUAACCAAAGAGAUGCAUAUCUUUUCUUCAUAUGGCAAAGGUACAAGAUUUUGGAACAUGAAACAGAAGAAAAGGCACAAGCCCUGAAGGAGAUUACAGAGAUGGUGAACCACAGAAAUCAUAUAGAUGGUAGUGUAAAAUUGAUUGGUACUUCAUUAUUUAGUGUUCCUGAAGUUAAGCAAUAAUUUGGUAAACAAUUGAUUGCUUUUUAACAUAGUUUCACUUAUUUUUGAAUUUGGUAAAUAAUACCCUUUUGAAUUUUUUUUAUAUCCUUCAUGAGAAUUGUGAUUCAUUUACGAGUAGCAAGCUAUGUUAAUCUGUUUUUGAUUGGA